AUGGCAUCGCUGUCGUUUGGCUCGAGUUUGGUUGACUAUCUUUCGGAAAAGUAUGCACAUCUUGCACAGAAUAUAAGUAGUAAUCGUCGUCUGCAGAUUGAAAUUCAAAGUGAGCUCAACAAGUGA